CCAAAACGGCAACACUGCUAAAUGAUAUCGACACAUAUCGAAUAGUGACAAAGUGUGGACAAUAGCGGUGAACGGUGAGAAAAACGCAAAAAGUCGAAGCAGAAAGCGAAAAGCAGAGAAGGAGAAGCUGAUAACAGUGGAACUACAACAUUUUUGCACCUUUUGCAGAAACAAUUAUUUGUUGAACGCACAGUGCUGACUUUUUUUUUUGAUUUGUGAAUCGUGCUCCUGAAGAAACUCAAACCCAAACAAAAAGAGACAAAACCACAAUUGAAAGAUGAAUAAUGGAUUCAGUUCCGGUGAGGAGGACUCACGGGGUGGCCACACUGACCAGACCUGCUGCCUGAUCGAUGACAUGGAGCGGUGUCGCAACCAAGCUGGCUAUGCCAGCUACAGCAAACGCAUACAGAAGACUGUCGCCCAGAAGCGACUCAAGCUGAGCAGCGACGCAAGUGCGCAACACAUUUACAUAUGCGACUAUCACAAGGAGCGCAUCCAAUCCGUGCGAACGAAGCGGCGACGCAAGGAUAGUGAGGACGACAGUAAUGAGACGGACACCGAUCUGCACGAAUUCCCCGAUCUCUAUCAGCUGCAUGUGGCAACGCUGCGCCGCUACAAGCGACACUUCAAGGUGCAGACGCGACAGGGCAUGAAGCGUGCCCAGUUGGCCGAUACCAUUAUGAAGCAUUUCAAAACAAUACCCAUCAAGGAGAAGGAGAUUAUCACGUACUUUGUGUACAUGGUGAAAAUGGGCUCCAAUAAAUUAGAUCAGAAGAACGGCAUCGGCAAUGAUACAACUUGAACGCAACUCUGACAGCUGUGUCUCUAUCGCAAUAGUUAUCGUUAUCGUUUAUGAAGCCGUCUGCUGAAUUCAGCGCAAGUUGCCUUGCUCACACACACUCACAACUACGUAAAGCAUUUGUACAGUGAAGUCGAAUUAGAAUUUGCAGCAAACAUUUACCUUUUUUUAAUGUUUUUUUGUGCUUGUGCUCAGUAAAUAACUAACAAUUUAGAGUUUCAUUAAUUAUUAUUAGUAUUGUUUCUUUUUUUGGUACUAAAUAACUAACAAUUUAAAAUUGCAUGAUUUAAAAAGAGAUUUCUUUUUUCGUUUUGAUGUCAUCUGUUUCGAUAAACUUUGCAGAUUUCACUGUACUACGUCAGCAUUAUUGACUAAAUGCCCUAAUAGCCUAAAUAAACACACACAAAAACAACAGCCACAGCAACAACAAGUAGAAAAGAACACUUCUGGUGUAAAAGAAUAGUAAUUGUAGUGUUUGUCGUUGUUAAUAGCUUCUUAUAGGAAUUAUACAUAGAUAAUAAAUGAAUUUUAAAUUGA